AUGCAGAUAAAAGAGUUCUGCCUUUUCUUUUUCUUGCCAUUAAUUGUGUCAUGCAUUAAAGACCUUACUUCUAUUUACCCAUUUAAUGUAGCACUGGAUCAGGAUAACUACUGGCUCUAUUGGAACUUCAGUAAGACAAGUGAAGUCAUUAAAUUUGCAGUCAAAGUACAAACUACUGGAUGGAUUGGGUUUGGACUCUCAUCAAAUGGACAAAUGCCAGGGUCUGAUGUAGUUAUUGGAUGGGUAGAUGGUUCAAGCAAAUAUUUCCAUGAUAGGUAUGCUUAUGGGAGAUACACUCCACCUAUUGAUCCAAUACAGAACUGGUUCCUAACUAAUGCUGAGGUAGAGGAUGGAUAUACUGUCCUGGAGUUUUAUCGCAACUUUAUCACCUGCGAUGAUUGUGAUCUAGACAUACUUUAUGAAACGGCUCAUGUAGUAUACAGUUGGAGCAAUAAGAAACCAACAGUCACAAAAGAAGCAGAUGGCUCCAUAACUUAUACAAUAUCAAAGCAUAACAAUCAAGGCACAAGAAGCUUCAAUCUUCUUGGGGCAUUACCAAAUCCUCCUAGAAUACCUGACAAUACCCAAUCCUUUACUGUAUCUGCAAGUCAGGUAGAUGUACCAAGUGUAACCACUACUUACUGGUGUGAAGCUAUGAAACUUUCUCCUGCCCUCACUUACAAUAUGAAAUACAUCAUUAAAUUUUCUCCUCAUAUCACUCCUGGGAAUGAGCCAUUUGUCCAUCAUAUCGUCAUUUAUUUAUGUGAUGGUCUUUAUGAAUCAGAUCUUGGUGCUGAAGGAUCAGGAGAGUGCUAUGGGGGUGUUAGUGAUCGUGUUGCUGACUGUGCAAUCCCAUUUGCUGUAUGGGGAGUAGGAGGAAGUGAUUUUACUUUUCCUAGUAACAUUGCUUAUCCCAUUGGAGGAGCUAAAAGUCCUCAUUAUGCAGUCAUUCAGUUACACUACAAUAAUCCGGAUCACAUCUCAGGUAUUGUUGAUAGCUCAGGCAUUGAGUUCACAUACAUUGACACUCCAAGAGAAUAUAAUGCUGGAGUGAUGACUGUUGGUCACAUUAAUGAUAAUACAAUGGUUAUUCCACCCAAUACAGUUGAUUACUCAGUAACUGGCCUUUGUCCUUCAGAAUGCACAAGAAAUUUCCUACCUCCUAAUGGUGUCAAGGUAUUUGCCAACAUGUUCCACACUCAUACAGCAGGAUCAAAGCUUAUCAUUCAUCAUAUUAGACAGUUGGAGUGUUCUCCAGGUAUCUCAAGAUAUGAAGAGCUUAGCCCAAUUGAUAAAAACUAUCAUUAUGACUUUAAUUUCCAGCAGUUUAACCACUUAAAAAAAGAAAUAACUGUACUACCGGGUGACAGCUUGAUGCUGGAGUGCUACUACAAUACAAGCAACAGGAAUAAAAUUACAAUGGGAGGUAUAAGCAGUACAGAUGAGAUGUGUGUAGCAGCAUUACUCUAUUAUCCUCGUGUAGAAAGAGCUGACUGUGAAAGUACACCAACCUUUGAUCAGUUUAAAAUCUUUGUAGAACAACAUGUUCCAUCUGAAUACAGGAAUCUGUUUGGUUCUUUAAGUGCCAAUUCUAGUCGAGAGAAAAUGGAGACAGCAAUGAACUUAUUAGACUGGACUCCUGAACAAAAAGAAUCAUACCGAAAAUUAAUUUACAAAAAUGGAAAACAAUCGACCAGAUGCCUGCCACCUGAAACAGGAAAGACAAUUAUCAGUACAGUUCCUCAAGUAUGCUGUUCAUAUACAUCACUACAAUCCUGUAACAAUGAAGAGCAAGUACUGCCAUGUUGUAAAAGAGAAUGUGUGCAAGAGGUUUCUAGAGGAAGUGCUGGUGCAAGCAGUAGUGACAUACAGAUCAUCAUUCUCAUCAUGCUAACUGCAAUCACUUUAUUCCUAUUGGUCUUGGUCACUAUAUUUUGGCCACAAAUUAGUCAUCGUUACCUAACUUGAUUAAUUAUUUUUGUCGCCUCACAUCAUCAUACCAAUGUAAUUAAAAUUUCCAAGUCAAAUAAAUUAUAA